AUGUCAGGACUGUCGCUAGCGCAGGUUCGCCUGCGUGAGGAGCGUAAGGCAUGGCGAAAGGACCGCCCGUUUGGCUUCUGGGCGCGACCACGUGAGAUUCCAUCGCCAGCGCCGGGUUCCUUUCUCGUCUCGGCUCAUGUCGCACCCAAAGCGGCGCCGCUCACGUCUUCCUCCACGACGGCAGGCAGCUCAGCACCGGCGAACACGGGCACCACCGACGCGCCUGUGUCUACAGGUGGCAGCAGCAGCCACGGUGCGAAGGCCCCGGCUGCGUCCGCAGGAGCGGCGGCGGGAGCAGGCGGUGGCUUGGACCUCCUCGAGUGGGAGGCGGGGAUUCCCGGCAAACCCGGCACCCCAUUCGAGGGCGGCGAAUUCCGUCUCCUGCUGCACUUCACGGAGGACUACCCUACGAAGCCGCCCAAGUGUGUCUUCACCCCGGUGCUGUUUCACCCCAACGUGUACCCGAGCGGCACCGUCUGCCUCUCCAUCCUGAACGAGGAGAAGGACUGGCGGCCCAGCAUCACCAUCAAGCAGAUUCUCCUUGCCAUUCAGGAGCUGCUCGACAACCCAAACAUUAAGGACCCGGCGCAGGAGGAGCCGUACAAGGUGUACAUGCGGGACCGAAAGGAGUACGAGGAUCGCGUUCGCCAGGAGGUGGCAAAGCACCACCAGAAGCGCGUGCUUUAA